UAUUUUCCGCCUUGCAUUCCAACGGCAUCUCGAGAGGCAUGUGAGUGACGUCUGUCGAGCCUGGCUUGGCUAUUAUUCCAUGCGCUUUCGAGGAGAACAUCCUACUUCGCUCCACCGAUCGACUACUCCAUUCGAUUCGUUUUUCUGAAAACAAUGGUUCUGUUACUCCAUGGGGGAAAAGAUAAUGAAGGACCAUGGCCAUUUAUCAGCGAUGUACGCGCCUCUUUCUCCCCAGGGACAGGAGCCCCUGUCGGGAUCAUUCUGGUCGCCUCGCUUUGCCUCGAACCCGAAAUUCCGUCACUAUCGCCGCGUUAUCAAAAUGCUUCUUGCUGUGGCUUUGCUCUCCUACGUCGCUAUCACCGUCGGCCUAGGUAUUCCGCAUCGAGGGCCGAAUGCCGCCUCCUCAUUCCCGGCCACCCACGCCACCAACCUUCAGACCCAUGACCCCAGCAUCAUUAAACACGGGGAUACCUACUAUCUCUACGCUGUGGGGGAACAUAUCAGUAUCUUCAACGCCCCAACCCUUGAUGGCCCGUGGACCCAAUCGGGUACUGUCCUGAAGGAUCUCAGCGUCAUCCCGAAGGGCGAUAGAGAAAAGCCCUGGGCCCCGAUGGUGUUAGAGCAUGACGGGAAAUUCUACUGCUACUACAGUGUCAGUGAAGCCGGAUGUCGCGACAGCGCCAUUGGCGUUGCCACCUCCGAUUCACCCGGUGCCGGCUCCUGGGUCGAUCACGGAAUCAUUGUUCAGUCCGGGACAGGGGACGGAUCGGGAUCAUAUCCAUUCAACACCUCCAACACCAUUGAUCCCGCUGCCUUCAUUGAUGGGAGUGGACAGGCGUAUCUGACCUUUGGCAGCUACUGGACUGGGAUCUGGGAGGUGCCUCUGAACCCCGACCUCCUCACGGCAGACGUCUCAAGCGCAAAUUCCCGCCAUCUAGCUUAUGAACCUGUCGCGAUUGACAACGGAGGGGAUAAUCCAAAUCCACUGUGUCGAGAUGGCUCCCACCCGGAGGAAGGGAGUUUCAUGAGCUACCACGAGCCAUGGUAUUAUCUUUGGUUUAGUCACGGAAAAUGCUGUGAUCUGGACCCAAACGCUUUACCGGCUGCAGGGCAAGAGUAUAGUAUUCGGGUUGGGAGAUCGAAUAGCCCCCAGGGUCCGUUCGUGGAUCAGAACGGAGACAAUCUGGUCGACGGCGGUGGUCUCGUGGUGUACGGAUCAAAUGGAGACGUCUACGCUCCUGGUGGGCAAGGCGUGCUGGCAGACAGCGACUCAGAUAUCCUCUAUUACCAUUACCGUGAGUUUCGCCCUUCUAUCUUGCUAGUUUGGGGGCUUCGGUCCUAAUUUUUCAAUUUUCAGUGAACAAGAGUGUCGGGUACAACUUCAAUGACGCAAAACUGGGCUAUAAUCCUCUUCAAUACGUAGAUGGCUGGCCUGUGGCAAUGUGAUCAAGGAUCACUGGUUGACUUGAUGAUGACUAUAUACAAUCGCUUCGUUCAUCGUAUAUAUGGGCGGGUGGGGGUCUUUUGUGGUGCAUAGAGCAGCCUUGGUUUAUUUUGGUUCGAUGAUAUAGAGCUUCAUUUCUACAUUUACAAAUAUAGAUACCAUGGGAAGACAUAG